UGUCCCGUCCGCCCGAGGUGGGCCUCCAUAGGAGGAUACCGUGUAAAAACGUGGAUCUUUCUCUUUUCCCUGCUUCAUCGUCAUGUCGCUUGUUGUCCCUGAGAGGAAUCAAUUCCAACACAUUAUCCGUCUUCUCAACACCAACGUUGACGGCAAGAACAAGAUCACCAUUGCUUUGACCUCGGUCAAGGGUGUUGGUCGUCGUUUCGCCAACAUUGCCUGCAAGAAGGCUGAUGUUGACCUUAACAAGAGAGCCGGUGAAUGCACCAACGAAGAAUUGGAGCGCAUCGUCACCAUUCUCCAGAACCCCGCUCAGUACAAGAUUCCCAACUGGUUCCUCAACAGACAAAAGGAUAUCAUUGACGGCAAGUACUCUCAAGUCAUCUCCAACGUUCUUGACACCAAGAUGCGUGAAGAUCUUGAACGCUUGAAGAAGAUCCGCAACCACCGUGGUCUCCGUCACUUCUGGGGUCUCCGUGUCCGCGGUCAACACACCAAGACUACCGGUCGUCGCGGCAGAACCGUCGGUGUGUCCAAGAAGAAAUAAGUAAGUCGCGUUCUUUAUAUCCAAAGAAAGAAAGAAGGCCAGGAGCAAGCAACAUAGGAAAUGAUGAAUUUAUAAUCAUUAACCUUAUCUACAUUGUCCGA